AUGCCGCCCGGGCUCCUGCCCCGGGAGACAGUCCGCAUUCUGAACGACCCCUCCCCCCGACCCCCACGGUCUCCGAGUCGGAGGCUCUUUCCUCUCGUGCACGCGGCCGUUCCUGUCGCUUCCUUCCUUGAACAGAGCAACACAAACAGCGUGGAGCAUCCAUCCGGGGCUCGGUGCAAAGAGUGCGCACGCCCCACCCCGCCCUCGCGCCGUCUCCCAAGAGGACCAACGGCUCCGCCUCCCAGGAGGCCCGGAAAGUGGGUGGCGCUGAGGGAAGGAGGCCGUUGCCUCAGGUCACCCCGUGUGACCCCUGGCGCGGGAGGUUAG